UGUCUACAAAUUUCAAUGGUGAUUCGAUGUGGGCUUAGAACUUGAGAUGUUUGCACCACACAGGGGCUUGUGUCGUACUGUUACUCACGUUGCCAGUGAUGUGUACACAAUCGUCGUCAGUGGACGAUACAAAAUAUGUUAACGAGAAUUGGGAUCAGUUGUAGGCGACACGAAGCUGAAUGGUGUGGGUCUCUCGCAACCUGCUCGACACAGGCGAAGACGAUUAAUCACUGAGAACCAUUUAGCACAGCAUAAAUCUCAUAAUGGCUCUUUCAAUGUGCAGGGUGUUUCAGCUGCAAGUGGUUCUGUGCUUGAAGUUCAUUAUUCAUGGCAGUUGUGAGAAUCAAGAACUUUGCACGGAGACUUUUCGUCAAGACAAGGCCGAUCUUGAUCCGUACCGUUUCCAAGGUUACUGGUUCGCCACGCACUUUUUCUGGAGUGGCUUGCGGUGGGUGCACGUGUUUGACGUGCAAUCCAUGUAUAUAUACACCCCUGGCACGCCCAGCACGUGGACAGUGGCAGUAGGUGUUCACAGAAACGAAGAUCAGUGCAUCCGCCGACUCUUCAACAUAAGCGUUCCUUCAACCGGAAGUAACGUGUUCCGCGAUGCCGGGUACUAUCACCAUGUGAUCGACACCGACUACAUGAACUACGCCGUUGUGCUGUUCUGCUACAACGUCAGGAAGGGCGGGAGGUGCGACUUCUCCAACAUACAGACGGUCAUACUGAGUCGGACACCGGACGGCCUUGAGGAACAGGAUGUCUGGACAGCGGUCAAGGAGAAGGUCCGAUUAUGCACGGACCCCACGAGACUCAAGGUCAUUAAACAGCGCAAAAGGUGUGUGUGUUCUUUGGAAGACUUUGAAGACGGGACUGGACCGGUGUGCGAAUAAAUAUCUCGUGCCAGUUGUUUUUAAACAUAUGUUUGUAUAUACGUGUAUAUAUGUAUAAAUAUGUAAAUAUGUU